CUGCUGCAGCCCAGGACUGCUCCGGAGCUCAUCCAAGCUGAAGAGCGACAGAAAAAAAUCACGAGAUGGGCCAAGGGCUCAGGACUCUGUCCUGGUAGCAACAAUGGGAAGAGGGAACACCUGAGGUGCCUGGGUCUCCUGGACUACACAUCUGAACGCCCCUCCCCACCCUCCAGUUGUCUCGGUGACCUCCCGCCCGCGGGGCAUCAAUUCCUCCUCAGGUGCGCAGGAGGGGAACGCCAUGGAGGCGCUGAGCAGCGCAGGUCUGCAGCAGAAGUGAGGUGGUCCCGCCAGGAUCGGCGGGACCCGCGGAUCAUGUACGGAGACGUGUUCAACGCCACCAGCGGCCCGGAGGUAGCGGGAAGCGGCGCGCUGGCCCCCGGAGCCACAGUUAAGGCAGAGGGUGCUCUGCCUUUGGAACUGGCUACCGCGCGUGGAGUUCGGGACGGCUCGGCCACCAAGCCUGACCUGUCCACCUACCUGCUGCUCUUCUUCCUCCUGCUGCUAUCUGUGGCUCUCGUCGUCCUCUUCAUCGGCUGCCAGCUGCGCCACUCGGCCUUUGCUGCGCUGCCCCACGACCGCUCGCUGCGCGAUGCCCGUGCGCCCUGGAAGACGCGGCCGGUUUAGAGCAGACUGAAUCAGGCCCUCGGGGCGCUUGGUCUUAGUCUCGAAGAGCCUCCAGCAGGAGCAGGGCAGGGUGGGCUCCAGAGUCGCUGGCCCCUGGGACACUUCGCCUAGAACUAAAAGACCCUUUCGGACCUGGAGAAUAAGUGAUGGCGGGAGAGCCGUUGAGGUUUGUGUGGGGUGCCUGAAAGUAUUCCCCGGUCGAGUGCCCCCUUCUACCCUCUACAUCGGGUCCUGCCAGGAAACCAUCCAGAAAGAGGAGUACCCAGCCAGACAGGAGCCUGGCUUGCCUGGUGAGUUCCUGGCUUUGCUCACAGAGGGCAGCAGGCACGGCAAGGGACUAACCAAGAGCUGCCUCUCCGGACUGGGCUCCCCAGCCCUAUGGCUGUCUCCCUGCAAUGGCUACCACCCCUCUUGCUCUUUGACCCUGGGGAUCCGAUAGGGAAAUAAUGCAAGGGUUCAUUGUGUCCAGCUCGGGUUCAACUACCUAGUUUCCUUUAAGAGCAGGGGCCCAGAAAGCUAGUGGAGGCGCAAAGGGUCACAGCUGCAGGGGUCCUGCAUGGGAGAGUCUGCACCUCAGGCCUCCACGGAUCAUGUUUCUGCAAUAAAAUCUCACCAAAUUAAACCCAGCACUGAGAACACUGAUCAUUAGUUGCACCAUUUUGGAAAGGGAGUAUGAGCGGGUCUAUCUAGAGGGCCUAGACCGGAGGUAUCUUCUACUGCCAGGGCCGGUCUGAGCAUACCACCUCCUCCCUGGUUUUCCCCAGCAUUUCACCUGCUAUGGAAAGAGGGGUUUGUUUUGUUUUGUUUUGUUUUCUGGCAGACUCCAGGGAUAACUGCCAUCUGACCUGCUGAAUCAGUUCCUUCUAACAGGACCCCAUGGAGACCCUCUCUGUGAGGCAGGUCCUUCCCUCGCACCUUUGCUCUCAGAACCUUCUUGGGCCUGAAGCUUCUGAACCAGAGACAGGGCUUGGUGAAGGUAGGUCCUAAAAGGGGGAGAGGGCACUUCCUCCCAAGCAGAGAGAAGUCAGUCCCGAGAACCCCACAGGAACGGAGGACAAGGAGAUAGGUCUGGGGACAGCCUUGGCUAUUUUCAAAGUCAGCCUAAUUCCAGGUGGAUGGUUGGUUUUUGACACAGGGUCUCACAGCACUGGCUUGGAACUCAUGGAGGUCUGCCUGCCUCUGCCCCUGCCUCUGCCUCUGCCCCUGCCCCUGCUCCUGCCCCUGCCCCUGCCCCUGCCCCUGCCCCUCGAGGGCUGGGAUUAAGGGCAUGUGCUACCGUGCCAGGCCAGGAAGUUCUUUUCAUGGUCGUGUAAAAUACU